AUGGCGAGUACCGAGAAUGGCGCGCCGCCGCAGAUCUACAGUGCUGUUUUGGAGGAGAUCCUCACGACACUGAAGAAGAUGCAAGGCGACCACGCUCAACUAGCAGCCAGCGUGGAAGCUCUCCAAAGUAAGGUCGGAGUGUCGGCUUCCAUCAAUCAACUACGAAGCUCCAGCACCACCAACAGUGGACUGGGCAGCCUGGGCUCUCCCAGCCUCGACCCCGUUCAACUGACUCAGUCCGCCAAUGGGACCGCGUCACCGCCGUCGGCGGAUGGCACUCCGUUGCCCAAGGCGCCCGGAUCUCCAACGGCAAGGAAGUCAUCUGCCGUUUCCCGGAUCAUCCUCACGACGUAUCCAGGACAGUCGGGCAUCGACCCCAUCCCCCUCUCGUGGGGCGAGGGCGACGCAGCGAAGCGCGGACCGGUAGUCGUGAGCAGACACCACAACACGAUCCGUCGACGCAACGCCAUCGGGGCGCACGGCGGGUCGUACUCGAUAUACCACGCACUCGCGGUGGCCAGCAACCACCUCGACAUGGAACACAAGCCGGACUUCACCAACACGGAACCGGCUGCGCUCAUCGGUCCGUUCCCGGCGUGGGGCGACAAGAAGAAGAUCGUGGCCAUGGACCCGUUCGGGCACCUCGCGCCAUGGCUGUACAAGGACGUGAUGCAGAGCCAAGACAUCGACAUCAAGCCGACGAUCGCCGUGACGAAGGCGCACAUGAAGAUCCCCGAGCUCGAGCAGAGCGUGCGGGCGGGGCGGCUGAAACCGGACGGCAAGAUCUGCCUCAACGAGACGGGCGAGCUCAGCGUGACCAAGUUCGCGGUCGAGCCGGUGUGGUACCUGCCGGGGGUGGCGGAGCGGUUCGGGAUCGAGGAGAGCGCGCUGCGGCGGGCGCUCUUCGAGCACACGGGCGGGUCGUACCCGGAGCUCGUGACGCGCAACGACAUCAAGGUGUUCCUGCCGCCGAUCGGCGGGCUGACGGUGUACUGCUUCGGCGACCCGGCCAAGAUGGCGGACCGGAGCGCCAGGCUCGCGCUGCGGGUGCACGACGAGUGCAACGGCAGCGACGUGUUCGGGUCCGACAUCUGCACAUGCCGGCCGUACCUGAUCUUCGGCAUCGAGGAGGCCGUCAAGGAGGCGCAGGCCGGCGGCUCGGGCGUCGUCAUCUACUUCCGCAAGGAGGGCCGCGCCCUCGGCGAGGUCACAAAGUACCUCGUGUACAACGCGCGCAAGCGCGGCGCCGACCGCGCCAGCGAGUACUUCAAGCGCACCGAGGACAUCGCCGGCGUCAAGGACAUGCGCUUCCAGGCCCUCAUGCCCGACAUCCUGCACUGGCUGGGCAUCACCAAGAUCGACCGCAUGCUGAGCAUGAGCAACAUGAAGCACGACGCCAUCGUCGACCAGGGCAUCCCCAUCCUCGAGCGCGUGCCCAUCCCGGACGAGAUGAUCCCCGAAGACUCGCGCGUCGAGAUCGACGCAAAGAUCCACGCCGGCUACUUCACCACCGGCAAGGUCAUGAGUCUGGAGGAGCUGAACGCCGUCAAGGGAAGGAGUUGGGAUGAUAUCGAGCAUUAG